GGGGACCUGCGGGCUGGGCCGCGGGCGAGGCUCACUGAGCGCGGGUUCGAGACCCGGCCCCGCCGCCUCCCGCUGCUGGGGCCCUGGGCUAGGGGGUCGUGGACAAGGAGCCAGAGGUCAGCUCGGACUUCGUAACCAGAAUAUGGCGCCAGGCCCUGCCGGGAAGUGCAGAGUCCAGGAGGCUGGGGGUGGACUCCGCUGGGAGAGCAGGAGGACCGGGGACUUCCUGGGCUGGAGGUGGACCCGCAACGACUUCCUGUGCCAGGCUUCUGGGCGGCACUGGACGAUGGACUCUGACCUAGAAUGUGGCCGUCCUGUCCUCAGCCUCCCCCAGUUCUGGCACCAUCCCUGCCGCUGCCAUGCUGACCCCUUGGACUGCGCUCCUCUUGACUCUGCUCCUGGCUGGGGGCUCCGUGAGCCAGAGGGCUAGGAGACCCCCUCGGCCGGCGUCCCGCAUCAGCACCAUCCAGCCCCAGGUCAACUUCGAUGCUCACCAGGGAUGGGAUCUGCUGGCAGGUGCGGCAGCUGUACAGAGAUGGCGAAGUCCUGGGCCGCUUCCUGCUGCAAGCCCGAGGUGCCCGCGGGGCAGUGAACAUGGUCGUUGGGGAGACAGACUACCAGGGCUUCGCCAUCCUGUACCUGGAGCAGAAGCGACAGCUGUCAGUGAAGCUGUACGGAGCCCCCUGUGCCCCAUAGCCCGCUCACUACCCCCAAGUGACUCGGCCCUGAGCGCCUUUGAGCAGCGGAUCCAGAGGGUCAACCUGACUGAGGACCAUGUCCUCUUCUUCCCCAAGUAUGGUUUCUGCGAGGCUGCAGACCAGUUCCAUGUUCUAGACGAAGCCGGAAGGUGAGUCCUGGCAGCAGCCCUGAACUUGGAAGGAGUGAAGACCCCAGAGAUGGUGGCACCUGUGACCCCGCUCACUGAGCCCUGAUGCCCCACAGGGUCAGGGCCACCCAUGGGGGACAGCCAGUACCCACAUGUUCAGGAGCACUGCCUUCAUUAAACACUGCAUCCUA